CGUAACGUCAGCUUCCCCGUCUGUCGCUCAACAUCUCAACCAUAACCCUCCGACGGAUGCCGAACUCCGCCGAAGCCCAGCGACAACGACGUCAGCAUAUCUCGUUCUUUCGUUUUUUCGGCUGCUGCGUGCGAAGGAGAGACAGGGAGAAAAAAAAAAAAAAAAAAACAGAAGAGAAAAAAAAACAAAAACGUCUCUCAGCAAAGCAACAAGAAGGAAGAGCAAUGGCGACACUGGAUCGCCAAAUACCAAGUCCGGAUACCUUUCUCUGCGAGCCUCGGUCUUCCUUCGUCAGUGCGGCUAAAUUGCGUUUCGUUGACAACUCGUCCUCGGACAACAGCGACAAGGAGCUCUACCGCCUCGGCGAAGCCGUGAGCCUCGGCAAAGAAGGUGAGGAAGUUGCGCUGACAGAGAUGCUUGGCUACAGAGCUCUGGAGGAUUGUUGUCUUGUUGUCUGCCAUGUCUGCAAUCAGGUGGUCACUCCUCAGGGCAUCCUCACACACUAGCUGGGGUGUAGUUUCCCUGUGAGACAUUGAGAGAGAGAGAGAGAGAGAGACAAACAGUCCUGGACCACACCCCCUCAUUCCCUCCCCACCCGCCUCCCA